CUGCGGUUGACGAGCCCGCCCGGCCCGCCGGUCAGGCCGCUACCAGCAGCGCCGGCACCGCCGCCGCCAACCGGCCCUUCAACUCCGCCUGCCCCGCUCCGCUCCGCUCCGCCCCGCCCCGGCCGGGGCUGACUGAAGGCGGUGCGGGGGCGCUCGCAGUCCCGCCCGCACGGCCGCGCACACACAAGGACACACACACACACACACGAACACACACACACACACACGGAAGUGCACCCCGAGCUGGCUCCCAGCCCGCCGCCGAGGCCGCCCCGGCGCAGCGUGCAACAUGGCGCUGGUACCCUGCCAGGUGCUGCGCGCCGCCAUUCUCCUGUCCUAUUGCUCCAUCCUGUGCAAUUACAAGGCCAUUGACAUGCCCGCGCAUCAGACCUAUGGAGGCAGCUGGAAAUUUCUGACCUUCAUAGACCUGGUUAUCCAGGCUGUCUUCUUCGGGAUCUGCGUCUUGACUGACCUGUCCAGUCUUCUUACUAAAGGAAAUGACAGUCAAGAGCAAGAGAGACAGCUGAAAAAACUAAUUGCACUCCGUGACUGGGUGAUGGCUGUUCUAGCUUUCCCUGUUGGAGUGUUUGUUGUGACGAUGUUUUGGAGCAUCUAUAUCUAUGACAGGGAACUGGUUUACCCAAAGCUGCUUGAUAACUUUAUACCAGCGUGGCUAAAUCAUGGAAUGCAUACAACAGUUUUGCCCUUUGUAUUAAUCGAGAUGAGAACAACACAUCAUCAGUAUCCCAGCAGGAGCUGUGGACUGGCUGCAGUGUGCACCUUCGCUGUUGGCUAUAUUUUAUGGGUGUGCUGGAUUCACCACGUUACAGGAGUUUGGGUGUACCCGCUUCUUGAGCACCUCAGCCCAAGUGUCAAAAUAAUCUUUUUUGCAGCUGUUACCAUAAUAAUUAACAUAUUCUACUUGGUGGGAGAGGUCCUGAACAACUACAUCUGGGAUACCCAAAAAUGUAUUGAAGAAGGAAAAGAAAAGCCGAAAUUGGACUGAACAACAGAGGCAACGUGGAGGGUUGUUUAUGGCUCCAUGGAAGAUUUCUCAUCCCCAACAGAGGCUGGCAUGGAGAGGAACCUUUUGGAAAGGAGGAAGUUUAAUGGGCCCUCUGCUCGGUGCAAGGAUAUUUUUGGGUUUUAUAUGGAGGGAAAAUGAUUUUAGCUAAGAAUAGUAAUAAUGUUUCAACCUCCGUUCCUAUUUCUCCAUGCUUGCAUGUGACAUACACAUAUAAGAUGUAUAUUUAUCUCCGCAGCAUUCUCAACGUGCGUUUCUUGCAUCAAAUAAGUCAUUAAAUCAUUAAGUCAUUAAAUCUUUUCAUUUCCACCAAGAAGAACAAUGAGUCCAUUCUCUGUAUGGUUUGAGAAAAGCUUAACCAGAUAGGUCUAAUAUGGGGAAACAAACCAAUCCUAUAUAUUUCGAAGUACAGUGUAAAAAUACAAUAGAAGUUAAUUGCAUGAAUGUAUCCGAAGAAGAAUUCAAUCUGACUGAAAUAUUAAUGUAACACUAUGUAACAGCUGCCUUAAAUCAGUGAUGUUAAUAAUUUUAUCGGUCCAGUAAAAUCUUAUUUGCAGUGUUAGACUACCUGAAUAUGACGGAACUUUUCUUAAAUAGGCCUAAAUAAAGAUCAAAUUAUCCCUG